AUGUUCUCGCGCACAGCGCGGAUGGAUGACGUGCUGCUGGCGUGGUCAGUUCCCCGCAAGUUCCUAGAAGGAAACCCGCCGGCUGUGGUGCGGGCGUCCCUGGGCCGCGUCGAGCAGAGCGAGCGGACGGCGGUAGCAGACGCCGUUUUGCUUGCCAGACUCGUCGGGGUAGCGCCGCCGGGAGUAGUGGCCCGCGCGCUUCUUCGUCCGAUGCCAAGAGUGGGCGGUCGCAUUUCGCGCCCGACGCCAAGUGCGGACGAUCGCUGGCGCCGCUUGCUGCCAGAAGAGCAGCGCGGAUAUUGUCCAGUACCGUUGGCGUAA